GUACAAAGGUGCGCUGCGUGAAACAAGAUCCAUGAUCGAGCGGUUUAUAAGAGCGCCUCGCCUCACCUGCACAGACACAAGACGAGAGCUGCAAAUCGCACGUGCAUCUGAGCAGCAGAGAUUUGGGACCACAGACUGCGCCAUGGGGUUCAACACGCUGUUUUUCCUGCUGAUCACAUCUUGUGUUUGCCUUGCAUUGGCACAAGCAUAUGAUGACUGCUGUUUGAAAUAUGUGACAAAAAUGGGCCAUGGCGCAAUGAAACAUGCAGUGGACUACAGAGAGCAGGUGACUGAUGGAGGCUGCAACAUCCCUGCUACAAUCUUCAAAAUGAGGAGGGGGCGAGAGGUAUGCACAAACCCCAGAGAGUUGUGGGUCAUAGAACUGAAGGAGAGGAUUGACAUCAAGAAAGCCAGAAGGGGGCCCUUCAGGAAGGCUGGUUCACGACGCCCGUAUAAAGGCUGAGGGCAGCCACCUGCAACAAUGAUUCCUACUGUCCUCCCUCUGCCAGAUCAUUAAGCAACAAGCAGUUUUAUGGUAUCUUACUGGAAGCCAAGCGAAUAAGGCUGGCCAAGGAAAUCUUGUAGCGCUACUUUUACUUUCACUGUGCCCUAAGACAAAGGUCAAAAGCUUGGAUGGAAUCGCAAAAGCGAUUGGACUGCUGAUUCGACUGGCCAGCGCACGCUACAUAAAAGAUAUAUAUAUGCCUAGCAUGACUGCUUUGACCGCUUUCUUGCCUCCUGAGACAUCAGAUAUUGAAUAAGCUGUUAAUUAAUGGUGAUGGAUUGUAAAAUGAUGAUACAUAUUUGUAAGACUGAGAGUAUUCGUUGCACAAUGUUUCCUGAUGUCGAUCAAAAACUUGUUUAUGUGAAAGCUUCAAUCGUUAAAUGUAAAUGCCUCUCCGAAUGUGUGUCAUAGAAAAGGAGAAACUGUCUUAAUUGUCUUCUUAAUGGUUUAUAUGUCUUUUUCAUACAUUUUGUGUAUAGAUAUUAUUACAGUAUGUUUGUCAUAUAAGCAUUAUUGCAAUAAACUUACUUAAAACUA